AAGCUUGCUUAGUGUCUUCUUCUUCUGGCGAAGAAGACUAAGUGCACAUUAGAGAACCAUAUAAUUCGAACAACGCGCCGUGAACCUAAACAACACUUGAUGAAUCCAGGCCAAAGGGAAGCAUGCAUCUUCUUUCUGCAAAAAACAUGUUACCAAAGCUGCAAAGUAUUGUUCUUGAGUAGGUUGUGAACGUGAAAGCUUCAACAUGUUACGUGGAGAAUCUUCCUCAAACUCUUGGCGAUGGACAUACCAUGUUUUCUUGAGUUUUAGAGGAGAAGACACCCGUUUAGAUUUUACAGAUCACUUGUACGCUGCGUUAGUGCGAAAGGGAAUCAUAGCUUUUCGAGAUGACAAACAACUCGAGAAAGGAGAUGCGAUUGCAGAAGAACUCCCUAAAGCAAUUGAGGAGUCCCUUGGUGCCAUAGUCAUUCUCUCUGAGAACUAUGCUUCUUCCUCUUGGUGUUUGGAUGAGCUCAACAAAAUUCUUGAAUCAAAUAGAGUUCUGGGGAGGGAAGUUUUUCCAGUCUUCUAUGGGGUUAGUCCUGGUGAGGUUCAACACCAGAAGACCCAGAGUUUUUAUGAGGCUUUUAAGAAACAUGAAAGAAGAUCUGGGAAAGACACAGAAAAGGUGCAAAAAUGGAGAGAUUCCUUGAAGGAACUUGGCCAAAUUCCUGGUUGGGAGUCCAAACAUUAUCAGCAUCAAACAGAGCUCAUUGAAAAUAUUGUUGAAUCGGUAUGGACAAAACUUCGUCCUAAAAUGCCAUCUUUCAAUGAUGGGCUAAUUGGAAUUGGCUCUAGAGUUAAGAAAAUGGAUUCACUUCUAAGCAUAGAAUCGGAGGGCGUUCGCUUUAUCGGAAUAUGGGGCAUGGGUGGCAUUGGAAAGACAACAGUAGCGAGAGUUGUCUUCCAGAAAAUCAAGGAUCAGUUUGAUGUUAGCUGCUUCCUUGACAACGUUAGAGAGAUUUCUAGAGAAACCAAUGGCAUGCUUCGCUUGCAAACAAAACUUCUGUCUCAUUUGGCAAUAAAAGGCUUAGAAAUUAUCGAUUUGGACGAAGGAAAGAACACAAUAAUAAACCUUUUAUCCGAGAAGAAAGUUUUACUUAUCCUUGAUGAUGUUGAUGACACUAGCCAACUAGAUAAUUUGGCUAAGAGGGUAGAAUGGUUUGGACGUGGGAGCAGAGUUAUAAUCACAACAAGAGACACACAAGUAUUAAUAUCACAUGGAGUAGUUGAAAAUUACAACAUUGAGUUCUUAAAUUCGGAUGAAUCCCUUCAACUCUUGAGUCAGAAAGCCUUCAAAAGAGAUGAACCUCUAGAGCAUUAUUUGGAGUUGUCAAAAGUUGUAGCCAAACAUGCUGGAGGCCUUCCUUUGGCCUUGGAGCUUUUAGGUUCAUUUCUUUGUGGAAGAAGUGAAUUCCAAUGGAGAGAAGUUGUGGAUAUGAUAAAAGAAGUCUCUGCCAGUCAUAUUGUGAUGAAAUCGCUUAGAAUAAGCUACAAUGGGUUACCACGAUGUCAUAAAGCUUUGUUUCUUGAUAUUGCAUGCUUCUUCAAAGGGAGGGUAAAAGAGCUUGCAACACAAACUCUAGAAAUUUGUGACCGCUAUCCAGCAGUUGGAAUUGAACUUCUAGUUGAAAAAUCAUUGGCAACUUACGAUGGCUUUACUAUAGGGAUGCAUGACUUGCUUCAAGAAACAGCAAGGGAAAUUGUUAUAGAAGAAUCUCAUGUAGAUGCUGGAAAACGUAGUAGGUUAUGGUCUCUAGAGGACACAAAUCAAGUAUUAAAAUACAGUAGGGAAAAUGAAUCGAUUGAAGGCAUAGCUUUGAACUCACCCGAAAAGGACGAAGCAAACUGGGAUCCUGAAGCAUUCUCAAGGAUGUAUAAUCUUCGGCUACUUAUCAUAAGUUUUCCUAUAAAACUUGCUCGUGGCCUCAAAUGUCUUUGCAGUUCAUUGAAAUUUCUUCAGUGGAAUGACUUUUCUUUGGAAACUCUGCCGCUUGGUGUGCAGCUAGAUGAACUUGUAGAGUUGAAAAUGUAUUCCAGCAAAAUAAAAAAUAUUUGGAAUGGAAAUCAAGCUUUUGCAAAGCUGAAGUUCAUUGAUUUGAGCUAUUCUGAAGAUCUAAUUCAAACUCCAAUAGUUUCUGGGGCUCCAUGUCUUGAAAGAAUGCUUCUUAUAGGUUGUAUAAACCUUGUUGAGGUUCACCCUUCAGUUGGACAGCACAAGAGACUUGUUGUAUUGUGCAUGAAGAACUGCAAAAAUCUUCAAAUCAUGCCAAGAAAAUUGGAAAUGGAUUCUUUGGAGGAAUUGAUUCUUUCUGGCUGCUCAAAGGUUAAAAAACUCCCAGAAUUUGGAAAGAAUAUGAAAUCUUUAUCACUGCUUAGUGUGGAGAAUUGCAUAAAUCUUCUUUGCCUACCAAAUUCUAUUUGCAAUUUGAAAUCUCUUAGAAAACUCAACAUUUCUGGCUGCUCAAGAUUGUCAACACUGCCUAAUGGUUUGAAUGAAAAUGAGUCUUUGGAGGAGCUUGAUGUGAGUGGCACAGCUAUAAGAGAAAUUACUUUAUCAAAAGUUCGUUUAGAAAAACUUAAAGAGCUCUCCUUUGGUGGAAGGAAAGAACUAGCACCCAACUCACAAAACUUGCUUCUAUGGAUCUCAAAGUUUAUGAGGCAACCAAAUCUGAAGGAGUCAACCAUGCCUCCUCUUUCCAGCUUACUUGCCUUGGUGUCCUUGGAUUUAAGUUACUGCGACCUUAACGAUGAAUCAUUUCCUAGCCACCUUGGUUCUCUAUCAUUGUUGCAGGAUUUAGAUCUAAGUGGUAACAAUUUUGUUAACCCACCUGCCCAGUGCAUUAUUAAUCUUUCUAUGUUGCAGAAUUUGUCCUUCAAUGAUUGCCCAAGACUUGAAUCCUUGCCAGUGCUUCCACCAAAUUUACAAGGCUUGUAUGCAAAUAAUUGUCCUAAAUUGAAACCAUUUAAUUUGGAUGAAGAAAUGCUAUGGAAGAUAUAUGAGACACAAUCACGUAUGGAUCCGAUUGAAGGGCCCGAGGUUUGGUUCAUCAUACCAGGGAAUGAAAUUCCAUGUUGGUUUGACAAUCAAAACUGCCUUGCAAUUGAUUCAUCACAUCAUCCAUAUGACAAGUUGGGUUGUGAUUCAGUUACAUCAAUAACAGUGGAUGUACCUAAGGAUUGCCAGUUAAGUAAAUGGUGGGGAAUUGCAGUAUGCCUAGUAUUAGAACCUUCAAAUAUGGAGGAGGAGGACUCAUCUCGAUCUUAUGUGAGACCAACUUCUACAGGAAAUGAGGAAAUGUGCAUUUAUUAUUGGGUCUGUAAAGCUCCUGAUCGAGACCCUGACCCAAAGUUUCCUAUAGCAUCCAAGUUUGGACACUUGGUUUACAAACUCAAUGACCCUUACAUCCAUAUUAUAUUCUUGAGUGCUGAUCAUGUAUAUAUUCAGCAUUAUCUAAGUGGGGAGCAAAUCCAACUCCAAUUGAUAUUUUUUGUGGAGAAUUGUUCUAAGUCAUGUAAGGCAACAAUAAAGAAGUGCGGGUGCCGUGUGGUAUGUAAGGAAAAAAUUGAAGAAUGGCGCAAGCACUCAGAUGGUCUUAAUAUAUCAAGAUUAACAGAAGUGAAUGAUGAUGAGGAAUUUCGUCGUGAAUUGGUGGUGGAAGAGCCUACUUCUCCAAAUACAUUCUCUUCAACGGACAAAACAGCAGUAAACACUGCCCUUGAUUGUGAUAAUGCAUAAUGGCAUGGAUUUGGAUACGCCUUCUGGGAAGCUAGAGAGACUUGUCAAUUUUCACGGUAUCAGUCUUUAAUGAGAUAUGUGUUCAUAGAUCUGUUGCUGAUCUUACUUCACUUACGUUUUGUUCAGUUUCUGUAGUUUUGCGUUGCUUACAUGUUUAGUUCUGCCAUAGAAAACCUUUCAAAGAAAGUUCUACUUCUUGGCUACAUUUUUGUUGUUUUGGUUGAAGGAUCCUCCUCUGUUUUCCCUGAAUCUUAUGUAUAACCUUCUCCUUUCGCCAUAAAUAUAAAUAGCCAAUUAAGCAGAAUAA